GCUGGGGGCGGGGGAAGCUGCGUCUAGGUCAGCGAAGGGCAGAGGAAGCCGGACACGGACGCAGUCGCCUCCCGAUCCCGGCUCCAAGGCUUCUAGUGGGAAACCGAGUCCCGACCUACGGCCGAUCUUCAGGAGCCCCAGUCACCCCAGAACCUCCUCAGGCCUUUCCGGCACACAAGAAUUAAAUUCUGAGUAAGUCUACAAGUAGGAUGGACAGUUAUUUUAAAGCAGCAGUCAGUGACUUGGACAAACUCCUCGAUGAUUUUGAACAGAAUCCAGAUGAACAAGAUUAUCUCCAAGAUGCACAAAAUUCGUAUGAUUCUAACCACUAUUCAGUCUCUUCAGAGUUGGCUUCCUCGCAGCUAACUUCACUGCUACCAAAGGAUCAACAAUGCAUUAAUUGUUGUGCCUCAUCAGAAACAGGCUAUGAAAGAAAUCAAAUUGCCCUGAAUGAAAAAACACUUGAGGGACUAACUUCUAUACAAAAUGAAAAAAAUGUAACAGGACUUGAUCUCCUUUCUUCUGUGGAUGGUGGCACUUCAGAUGAAAUCCAGCCUCUAUAUAUGGGACGAUGUAGUAAACCUGUCUGUGAUCUGAUAAGUGACAUGGGUAACUUAGUUCAUGUAACUAAUAGUGAAGAAGAUAUUAAAAAAUUAUUGCCAGAUGAUUUUAAGUCUAGUGCAGAUUCCUUGAUUGGAUUGGAUUUAUCUUCAGUGUCAGAAACUUUCUGUGUUUCUUCAACAGACCAUGGCAAUAAUACAGUCAGAGAGGAACAGAAUGAUGUCAGUUCUGAAUUACAAAACAGAGAAAUCAGUGGAACUAAAGAAUUUGGUAUAAAAGUAGAUACGACACUUUCAGAUUCGUGUAAUUACAGCGGAAAAGAAAAUUUAGAGGAUAAAAAGAUCUCUAAUCAGUUAGAGACAGUUGUUGAUUUUAACAUGCCAUCUGCUUUGACUCAACAAAGUUCCAAAAUGUUUGAUGCCAAAGACCACCUACAGUACAAGAACCAGCCAUGUGAAUUAGUAAAAGCUGAUGGCUGUUUGGUAAAAGAGGAGGUAGAUGUGCCAGUCAUAGCUGCCCCAGAAUGUUUAAAAGAAGGAGGCAGCACGAGUGCUUUGUCUUGCAGUCUUCCAAAAAAUGGAGGUUUAUGCUUAAAUGAUUCAAAUUUAAGAGAUGAAAAUUUCAAGUUACCUGACUUUUCCUUUCAGGAAGGUAGGACUGCUAUAUUUAUAAGACAAUCUGCAAAAGAAGACUCAAGAAAUUUAGAUCUUAAAGAUAAUAAAGAUGAAAUCCAAGAUUCUGCUUCAACUUUACAUGUUUCAAGUGAAAAUACAUAUUCCUCAUUGUCCUGUCUUCCAGUACCUGGGUCUUUGUGUGGAUCAUUCAUUGAAAAUAAAGCUCAUGGUGAUUGUUUACCCCAGAAUGAAUAUAAAGAUAAUAUAAAAGAUGCAGUGACUGUGCAUGAAGAAAUACAGAAGAAUAUGUCUUCAGGUGGGGAACCUUUGAAGGAGACUGAUCUUUGGAGACAGGAAAAAUGUAAAAACAUACCUCAUCAGCCAUUAAUUGAAAAGAUGGGAGAUAGAAAGGUAGAUUCUAACCAGAUGGUAGUUAGAGUUGAGUCUUUGGAUUACCCUGAUAACACCAGUUCUUCUGCAGCUGCAGAAUCUCAAAUAGAGCUUUCUGGUGCUAAUGCCCCAGAAUCUCCUGAUUGUUGUGAAGAUUUCACUUUUUCAAGCAAUGAUAUCAAUGGACAAGACUUGGAUUACUUUAAUAUUGAUGAAGGCAUGAAAAGUGGUGCACCAAUUAGUGAUGCUGAACUUGAUGCCUUUCUAACUGAACAGUAUCUUCAGCCUAGUAACAUAAAGUCAUUUGAAGAAAAUGUAAAUGACUCAAAAUCUCAGAUGAAUCAGAUAGAUAUGAAAGGCCUAGAUGAUGGAAAUGUCGAUAAUAUAUAUUUCAAUGCUGAAGCAGGAGCUACUGGGGAAAGUCCUGGUAUUAAUGUGAUUUGCGAAACGGUUGAUAAACAGUAUACAACAGAAAAUGGUAGCCUUUCUUUAGGGGAAAAAAGUACAAUUCCAGUUGAACAAGUGUUAUCUAGCAGUAAGUCUGAGAUUACAAAUGAAUUAUCAGUCUCUGAUAGUAACAGUCAGUCUGUUCAUGUUGGAGGCGCCAGACCUAAGCAACUGUUUAGUGUUCCAUCAAGAACAAGGAGUUCAAAGGAACCAAAUAAGCUGGAUGUUCCAAAUAUGCCUGAAAGUGAACCCAGAGUAGCAAAUACCAUUGUUCCAACCACCUGUGCUAUAGAUUCUGUGACUGAUCCUCAGGUUAGCUUCAAUUCUAAUUACAUUGAUAUAGAAAGUAAUUUUGAAGGUGGAUCCAGUUUUGUAACUGCAAAUGAAGAAUCUCUGCCUGCAAACACUUGCAAAGAAGGUCUUGUUUUGGGCCGGAAACAACCUACUUGGGUUCCUGAUUCAGAAGCUCCAAAUUGUAUGAACUGCCAAGUCAAAUUUACUUUUACGAAACGGCGACAUCACUGCCGAGCAUGUGGAAAAGUAUUUUGCGGUGUCUGUUGUAAUAGGAAGUGUAAAUUGCAGUAUCUAGAAAAGGAAGCAAGAGUAUGUGUAGUCUGCUAUGAGACUAUUAGUAAAGCUCAGGCAUUUGAAAGGAUGAUGAGUCCAACUGGUUCUAAUCUUAAAUCUAAUCAUUCUGAUGAAUGUGCCAACAUCCAGCCUCUUCAGGAGACUCAAACAUCCAGUAUAUCUUCACCUACAACUUUACCAAUCUCAGCACUUAAACAACCAAGUGUUGAAGGAUUAUGCUCCAAAGAACAGAAGAGAGUAUGGUUUGCCGAUGGUAUAUUGCCCAAUGGCGAAGUUGCAGAUACAACAAAAUUAUCAUCUGGAAGUAAAAGAUGUUCUGAAGACUUUAGUCCUCUCUUACCUGAUGUGCCACUGAUGAUAAGCACAGUGGAUCAUGCCCAUUCUACUACAGUGGAAAACCCAAACAGUGAGACAGGCGAUAUAAGAAAUGAGAUAAUUCGAAGUCCUAUUUCUCAGGUUCCAUCUGUGGAAAAACUGCCUACAAACACAGGAACUGAGGGGUUGCCUACAAACACAGGAACUGAGGGGUUGCCUACUUCUGGCUCUUUUACACUAGAUGAUGAUGUUUUUGCAGAAAUUGAGGGCCUAUCAAGUCCUACUGGUGUCUUGGUUAACAGUCAUUUACCUGUUGCUAGUAUUUCAGAUUACAGGUUAUUGUGUGGUAUUGACAAGAAUGUUUGCAAUAAGAUUAGUCUUCUACCUGAUGAUGAGGACAGUUUGCCUCCUCUUCUGGUUGCAUCUGGAGAAAAGGGAUCAGUGCCUGUAAUAGAAGAACACCCAUCUCACGAGCAGAUCAUUUUGCUUCUUGAAGGCGAAGGUUUUUGUCCUGUUACAUUUGUCCUAAAUGCUAAUCUACUUGUGAAUGUCAAGUUAGCAUUUUAUUCCUCAGACAAAUAUUGGUACUUCUCAACCAAUGGAUUGCAUGGCUUGGGACAGGCAGAAAUUAUUAUUCUAUUGUUAUGUUUGCCAAGUGAAGAUACUAUUCCUAAGGACAUCUUCAGACUCUUUAUCACCAUUUAUAAGGAUGCUCUGAAAGGAAAAUACAUAGAAAACUUGGACAGUAUUACCUUUACUGAGAGUUUUCUCAGCAGCAAGGAUCAUGGAGGAUUUCUAUUUAUUACACCUACUUUUCAGAAACUUGAUGAUCUCCUGUUACCAAGUAAUCCUUUUCUUUGUGGAAUUCUUAUCCAGAAGCUAGAGAUUCCCUGGGCAAAGGUUUUUCCUAUGCGUUUAAUGUUGAGAUUGGGUGCAGAAUAUAAAGCAUAUCCUGCUCCUUUAACAAGUAUCAGAGGCCGAAAACCUCUUUUUGGAGAAAUAGGACACACUAUUAUGAACUUACUUGUUGACCUUCGAAAUUACCAGUAUACCUUGCAUAAUAUAGAUCAGCUACUGAUUCAUAUGGAAAUGGGGAAAAGCUGCAUAAAAAUACCUCGGAAAAAAUACAAUGAUGUAAUGAAAGUAAUAAAUUCUUCUAAUGAGCAUGUCAUUAGCAUUGGAGCUAGUUUUAGUACAGAAGCAGAUUCUCAUCUAGUCUGUAUACAGAAUGAUGGAGUUUAUCAAACACAGGCCAACAGUGCUACUGGCCAUCCUAGAAAAGUGACAGGUGCAAGUUUUGUGGUAUUCAAUGGAGCUCUAAAAGCAUCUUCAGGAUUUCUUGCUAAGUCCAGCAUAGUUGAAGAUGGCUUAAUGGUACAAAUAACUCCAGAGACCAUGGAUGGCUUGCGGCUAGCUCUACGAGAACAAAAAGACUUUAAAAUUACAUGUGGGAAAGUUGAUGCUGUAGACAUGAGAGAAUAUGUGGACAUCUGUUGGGUAGAUUCUGAAGAAAAAGGAAACAAAGGUGUUAUUAGUUCAGUGGAUGGAAUAUCAUUACAAGGAUUUCCAAGUGAAAAAAUAAAACUGGAAGCAGAUUUUGAAACUGAUGAGAAGAUUGUAAAGUGUACUGAGGUGUUCUACUUUCUAAAGGACCAGGAUUUAUCUAUUUCAGCAACUCCUUAUCAGUUUGCAAAAGAAAUAGCCAUGGCUUGUAGUGCUGCACUGUGCCCUCACCUGAAAACUCUAAAGAGUAAUGGGAUAAAUAAAAUUGGCCUCAGAGUUUCCAUUGACACUGAUAUGGUUGAAUUUCAGGCAGGAUCUGAAGGCCAACUUCUUCCUCAGCAUUAUCUAAAUGAUCUUGAUAGUGCUCUAAUCCCUGUGAUCCACGGUGGGACCUCCAACUCUACUAGUUUACCAUUAGAAAUAGAAUUAGUAUUUUUUAUUAUUGAAAAUCUUUUUUAGUGAAAGGACGUGAGUCGUAUUAUGUAUUGCAAACUGAUUUGUUAAAACUAACUCCAGCACUAAAGUUGAAAUGCCACAAACACUAAAAGUAAAUAUGUUUGAUGUUUGAAACAUGUAAGCUUUGCUUUUUAGGCAGGAAUGAUCUUUUAAAAAUCAUUAGCACAAUAUUUAAAUCUCCAAAAAUUUAAGAGAUCCACAGUUUUUGAAGCUUUACACUUUACAAGUACUGAAAAAGACAAGGAUUUCUUCUGUCUUUAAAAAAUUUGUAGCAUUUAACUGUGUUAUUUAAAUGCUAAGCCAAAGUAUCUGCACUUAGGUAUACCUCUUUAUGCCAAGAAUGAUUUUAAUGAAGGCUCCUUUCAGAUGUAACCUUAUGAAGGAACUACCUUUUUUGUUUAUAUGCCAGUUAAAUUACUGGUUUCUAAAGUCUGUUAAAAAUGUAUUUCAAUGGCACAGACCAGUUUCCAGAUCUUAGACUUAUAUGGUAAUUCUUUGAAUAAGGCAGAUAACUUAUUUGUAUAAUUGGAGUGGAGACCUACCUCCAUGAUUAGAUAAACUGAUUGUUUGCAUUAAAAAUCAGAAUUUUGCCUUUUUUCUUUUCAAAUUAUUAUUUUAUAUAUACAUAUAUGGUUUUCUCUUGAUUAAAUGGGUAUUCUUAAAAUAAUUGUGGGUGCUUCAGGAUUUUGUGCUUCUAUAAUUAAGUAUAUUGUUUUUAUAGCGAGAACAUGUGAUUUGGUAUGUGUUUUCUAAAUCUUUAAUAAUUUAUAAAUAGGUAAUAUUUUUGUAUUGCAGUGCAUUAUUUUUCCUCCUUUCCUUCCAAAGUAUACCACUGUAUAUACCACUUCUAAGAGUGAUUGACAACAGGCCAGAUGACCCUUGAAGUAGUCAUUAUGUAGCAAUAAAUGAAGCCUGAAACAGGUGUUUUUUUAACUUCUCCUUUAAACCUUAAAAGUUUCUUGGCAAGUCUACAUAUUUUCAUUGACACCAAUGUAUUAAAUAUAAAUUUUAAUGAA